AUGACAAGACAAGCAACAAACUCGUUAAUAAUAAGCAAACUUAGCCCAGAACUAAUAUCUAGCCCUGGGGUUUUGGCACAUCUUCUUGCCACGCGAAAUUUUAACGUGGAGUUGGUACACCUUCCGAAGUUCAGGAGGUACAUUUUGGUGUGUACUUCUUCCACUAUAGCCAAAGAGAUCAAAGAAUUUCUAGACAAAGAAUUAGCGGGAUCUGCACUUGUGAGCUUUAGCAUCAAAGAUAAUCCUCUGACCAUUCUCAACGAUGAGCUGUGGUGUCUCCAGUCGGAUCCUAUUGACUACUUAGAACUACCCCUGGAAGACGGGACAAGAAGAUUUCUCAUUCUGCCCCCGCUCUCGCCUCAUUCUGAAUGGAAUGACUACCAUAAAUCAGAAGAAGGACCCAACACCAAGUCCGUCUAUUCUCCGGAGGAACUCUCUCAUUUACUUUGGGAUAGACUAGGAGGCUUUGAUAGCGGGCACGUGCGAAAAUACCAUAUGGAAAAUAGCGAGGAAGAUGAACCGAAAGAGGGACAUGGAGACAAUGAGGAUGAAUGCUUUGAUAUCAACGAUGGCCAUGAUGUGCUCUUCAGAAACAUUGACAAUAAUGUACCUGCGAUAGUAGUCGACCGUGUGCAUAAUCAAGGUAUACAAGUUCCUCUCCCCAAAACAGCAAUGCCACCUUCUACAUGA